CUAAUCAGUUCGGUAUGUAAUGGCAUAGGAUUCCCAAGCACUUUUAACAAACAUUCCCACAUUUUUUUCAAGUUUAGUAAUGAUUACCAAGGAUGAAGUAGAUAAAUUGUUUCUUCUGGCUUGUGAAAAGCCCACUCACAAUAAAGCAUACCUAUACCACUGGCAGCAUGCACCAGCUCAUGCGCAAAAUGAGAAGACAGACUCUAAUCCAUCUUCUCUUAGCAUGGCUCCUUCUUGCAACUUCUCAGCACUCUUACUUUGCUACCAAUGUGCAAGCUGUAAAAUCAGUUCAUUUCAGGUUCAGACCUGGACAACUGAGCUCAAGGUCACACAAUGGAUAUGCCUUAUCUGCUAGGAAACAGGUCAGAGGAAAGAACAAUCAUAAAAUCCCAUCAGGCCCCAACCCAGUGGGGAAUCACCGCCCACCGUCUAGAAAAUAAAUAGAUGGAUCCACUUUUUCCGCAUAGCUUAGUAACAGUAAGGGCUACUGCAUAUCUUGGGAAUUUAGAGGUCAGAUGUAUUCUUGUAGCUUUGAAGAACUGUCGUUUAGGGUGUUGUGCUCAUGCAAAAGAAUAAAUUUAAUGGAGUCUGUAUUCUAAAAGCUUCCAUUACUGAGCAAUGGUUAGUAUUUGAUGUAGAAUUCCAUAUGCUUAAAUCUCCACAAAAAUAAUUCAGCAUAAGAUUUAAGUUCCAUUAUAUAAAACCAAAAGGGGAAAAAUGUAAGAAAACAAGGCAC